AUGGGGUCAAAUAAUAAAAAACGAAAGCGCGACACCAAUAAGGAAGAUCAAGAUCGUCCGGUUAAUAAAGCGCCAAAAUCAGAAGGAAAUGAAAAAGAAGUUUUGUUGCAAGAAAUAUUGGCAUUGGGAGGAACAGAGGAAGAUUUAGAUCUUGUACUCGAUGCACAAUCCGAUUCCGAGAAUGAAGCAAAACAAACAACUGAAUCCACAGACAAGGACUUUAAAAAUGAGUUUGCCAAAUUUGUAGCAGGUCUUGGAAUUGAAGGACAAGCUCCAGAAGCAGAAGCAGAUGAGGAGGAUGAGGAGGUAGAUGCUGAUGAUUGGCGGGACGAGGCCUUACAAUCAGAAUCAGAAUCCAGUGAACCAGAAGAGGCGCCCAAAGUUCCAGAGAAAAGUGCCACCAAAGUCAAAGAAUCUUCAAAGACUCCCAAAGUGGCAGAGAAACCCGCGGCCAUCCAAGUCAAAGAAUCUACAAAGGAUCAAAACCGCCUGAAUUUUGAAGCGCGACCAGACUGGCAUGCAGCAGAACUCCCCGUCCUUCCGGCGGGAGACUUCAGCGAAACAGGACCAUACCGAUCGUCAAUCAAUAACCUAAACGAAUAUGCCAAAGCUCUUCUUGAAGCCGACAGUACUCUAUAUGCCUCGAAACAUCUUUCUGCGACUUCUUCACAUCGUUUCCUUGCUACUAUUAUGUCCUCCGGUACAUUAUCCGAUAAAAUUUCCGCUUUGACUUUGGUCGUUCAAGAAUCCCCAGUUCAUACUACAAGAUCGUUCGAAAGUUUAUUGGAUUUGGCAAAGAAAAGAAGUAGAGGACAAGCCGUUACAGCAUUGGGAGCUAUGAAGGAUUUGCUGGGAGCUGGUGUCGUGCUUCCUGCGGAUAGACGUCUUCGUACAUUUGCUUCACAACCUGGACUUCUCGGUACAUUGCAAGAAAGCGAUACUGGUGUUUGGAAAUCCGGACAACCCCUACCAGGAAACAUGACCAAAGCACAUCUCAUUUCAUGGGCAUAUGAAGAUUGGCUCAAGGAGUCAUAUUUCGAUAUGCUCAAGAUUCUGGAAGUUUGGUGUAGCGACGAGGUAGAAUAUGCUCGUUCCAGAGCUGUUAUGUACGUCUACGAAUUAUUAAAGGAUAAGCCAGAACAAGAAUCUAAUUUACUUCGACUCUUGGUCAACAAACUGGGAGAUCCAGAUAAAAAGAUUGCUUCACGAUCAUCAUAUCUCCUGAUGCAACUUCAAACCUCCCAUCCUGCGAUGAAAGAGAUCAUUAUUAACUCAAUUGAGAACGAACUUAUAUUGAGACCUGGACAGAGUUCUCACGCUAAAUACUACGCCAUCAAUACUCUCAAUCAAACUAUUCUUAGUUCGAAGGAGGAGGUUGUUGCGAAAAAACUUUUGAGCAUAUACUUUGGCCUUUUCGUAUCUCUUCUCAAAAAGCCCGAGGUUAUCAAACCUACAGGUCCUAAACUCAAUAAAAAAGGAGAGAUCCAAGGAGGUGGAGGUGCCAUGGGAAAGAAGGCAAAGGAAAAGUUGACAGCAGAAGAGGAAGCAAAGCAGGCGAGUGAGGAGACGACAGAGAAGAUGAUCUCUGCUGUUCUGACCGGUGUCAAUCGUGCAUUCCCAUUCACAAAGACUGAUGAUUUGACCCUUGAGAAACAUAUGGAUACUUUGUUCCGAAUCACACAUUCAUCCAACUUCAAUACCAGCAUUCAAGCUUUGAUGUUGAUUGAGCAAUUAUCGACAACAAAGCACCUUGCUGUCGACAGAUUCUACAGAACUCUCUACGAAUCCUUGCUCGAUCCUCGUCUAAUCACUUCUUCGAAACAUGCACUGUAUCUCAAUUUACUCUAUAGGGCUUUAAAAUCAGAUGUCAAUAUCAAGCGCGUAAAGGCUUUUGCGAAGAGAAUGUUACAAGUUGUUACCCUUCAUCAACCUCCAUUCAUUUGUGGUAUCAUUUAUUUGUUAAGAGAGUUAGAAGUCACAUUCCCUGGACUUAAGACUCUACUCAAUACUCCUGAAGCAAAUGAUGAAGAGGAAGAAGAGGUAUAUCGAGACGUGCCAGAGGAUGGAGAGACUGCAGAUAUUCAAGCUACAGUAGCCCCAUCGAAACCUAUAACAGACACAUAUGAUGGAAAGAAGAGAGAUCCAGAACAUAGCAAUGCUGACAAGAGUUGUUUAUGGGAAAUUAUUCCUUUCUUGCGACAUUUCCAUCCAUCUGUAUCUCUGUUUGUCGACCGCCUUAUUAAUGACGAAAAAAUGCCACCUAAACCUGAUCUUGCUUCUCACACCUUAACCCAUUUCUUGGAUCGUUUUGUCUACAGAAACGCAAAAGCAGCAGCUGGGGCACCAAAGGGAAGUUCCCUUAUGCAACCUCUUGCUGGUGGGGCAAGUCAAGGUAUACUUGUAUCCAAUCGUGGUACUAAGGUCCAACAAUCUGUCAACUCGGAAGCAUUCUGGAGAAAGAAGGCAGAGGAUGUUGCUGUUGAUGAAGUCUUCUUCCAUAAAUACUUUAACCAGAUUGGUAAGGGUAAGGAUGCAUCUAAGAAGAAAGAGAAGAAGAAGGGUGAAGAUGGAGAAGAUGAUGAGGAUGAAGAUGAGGAUGAAAUAUGGCAAGCUUUGGUUGAAAGUAAGCCAGAUAUCGAGGGUCCAGAGUCUGACGAUGAUGAUUUGGAUAUGGAUGACUUUGACAUGUCAGAGGAUGAUUCUGAAGGUGGUGUUGAUAUUGAGGGAUCGGAUGAUGAAGUCGAUGUUGAAGGAGAAGAUGAGGAUAUGCAAGAUGCUGAGGAAGAUGACGGAGAGGGUAUCUUCUCAGAAGAAGAUGAUGACCUCAAGGACAGUGAUGAUGAAGCAGGAUCAGAUAUGGAUGCAUUAUUCGAAGCUGAAUUACAGAGAGCAAAGAGUCCCGAAGCGGAAGAAGAGAAGAAAGAGACUAGCAGAAGUAAGAAGAGGAGACUUAAGAAUCUUCCAACAUUCGCCAGUGCGGAGGAUUAUGCGGCUAUGUUGGACAAAGAUGACGGAGAUGAGGAUAUGGGUAUGGGAAAUGGAAAGGGAAGAUAA